AUGACUCGUCUUCGCUACCGCAACGAAUCCACCCACUCGGCACUCGACACACCCACAAGCACCGCGAGGGAGAGUGGAGAGGAGCUAUGGCUAACUCGAGUCCUCCAGAUCCAGGUUUAUUUUUUGACUAUGCAAAGAUUCGAAUACGUCAAGGACUUUGAGCAACCUGACGUCUUGCUUCCCAAUACAUGGAUCGUGGUCCGCAUCGAUGGAAGAGGAUUUCACAAGCUGUCGGACCACUAUGCAUUUGUCAAGCCAAAUGACCGGCGCGCACUCGACCUCAUGAAUGCUGCGGCGGUUGAGGUCAUGAAAGAGCUUCCGGAUCUAUGUAUUGCAUAUGGCGUCAGUGACGAGUACAGCUUUGUCUUCCACCCAAGCUGCCAGCUAUUCGAGAGACGAAGCGCGAAACUGGUCACGACCAUUGUGUCAACUUUCACUGCACACUACAUCUAUCUUUGGUCGACAUACUUCCCAUCAAAGCCUCUCCAGCCACCAUAUCUGCCUUCCUUUGAUGGCCGGGCGGUCAUCUAUCCUUCGACGCGACUUCUGCGGGAUUAUAUGAGCUGGCGACAAGUUGAUUGUCACAUUAACAAUCUCUACAACACAACCUUUUGGACGAUGGUCCAACAAGGUGGUCUGAGCAACACAGACGCAGAGCAAGAAUUAAAGGGAACUGUGUCCGCCGACAAAAACGAGAUUCUAUUCAAGCGCUUUGGCAUCAACUACAACAAUGAAGAGGAAAUCUAUAAGAAAGGAAGUGUGCUCUACCGCCAAUAUGAGCUCGAGGAGCCCAAGCAGAAACCAGCAGCUCAAGAUGAGGUCUCGCCCCCCGAGGCGAAACAGUCGCGCUCACAGCAGGACAAACUCAAGAAGCUCCGCCGAAAAGCACAAGUCAUAGUUGAUCACAUCGAUAUCAUCAAGGAUGAUUUCUGGGAGAGACGUCCGUGGAUUAUAUCCGGCAAACCUGGGAAGUUGCCGGUACAGAGCUGA